CUGAUUAUCUGAUAGUAGUUUGCAAGACAGUGAAAGAGUAAGGCGCUCUGCGAAGUUACAGAAAAACCGGUAGCCGGUAUUUUCAUACAAGAACAAUUUGUGAUAUUCAGUGAAAACAUGGAAGUUUUACCAGUUAACAAUUUCCAGUACAGCAACCCUGAAGAAUCGGACUGGGAGUACAGCGAAUUUCCCGAGUCGGAGGAAACCUCCUUGAUUGAAGCGCUUUCGAAGCGCUUGGAGGCGGAGCUCAGGACUGCUAAGAGGACCCACCUUUCCGUAGGUGAGGUCCUCCUGCCGAACGGUCUGACGAGAGCCAUAGCCCAAGAUAUGUUCCAACUGGCAGAUGUGGAACCUUGCGGAUUGAAAGGCUGCACUCUCUACAUCAACUUCGAGGCGGAGGAGCUAAAGACUAGGCUCAGCACCAUCAAGUGCGACCCUACCACCCCCUCGACGUUCGAGGUCUAUCUGACCCUGAAGCAGGCCGCUGGAUGGAACUCGUUCCUGCCACAGUUUUUAAAAAAAAUCACCAGAGGUGGCACAGUGAUGAUCAGUCCGGAGUACGGUCUGCAGAAGAAGAAGUUAUACCGUUCGACAAGUGAUUGAAAUCAAAAGUACAUUGCGUAAAGACUGAGUUAGGUUUAACAAAAUGAGUAUUUCAAUCAGAAUAUAUUUUAUCAUGAUUGUUUCGUAAGAUUGUAUGAACGUUUCUUUAAUUUUGUUUUUAUAUAUUAGGUAUAUAGUUUAUAACAAAAUAAGUGAUAGUAUUUUGAAAGAUGAGCUAGAUUUUAAGCAAGCAAUACGAAAACGAUGUGACGACCAAGCUUUUAGUUGGUUUUUUAAAAAAACCAUCUGAAGUUGUGAUAUGUGUGUAUAAAUUAUUAUUUUUUAAAAAAGUAUUUUGUUCUUUUAUCUGUUUGUGAUAUUAGUUUGGUACGUUAACUUUCGUUUGGUUAAGUUUUCUUUUUUUUUCAAGUUUGAUGUGGAACCGACAAAUUUUCCUUUAAGGCUCAACGUUUGUUUUAUCGAAACAAAUCGAGCUAAAAAUACAGUAUUAAUUUGUCGGGUUCACGCCAAACUUUUUUGAAAAUAUUUGAUCUCAAAUCCAUGUAGUUUGACUACACAUAGGAAUAGGUUUUUGUACAUUUUAAAUGUAGGUUUUUAUGUUUUUCUAUCGCUGAUGUGUGAUAGUACAGAAGUCUGUACAGAGCUUUUUAUAUAAAAAUUUUAUAAAAAAAAACAAAAAAAUAAAUUUUUAUCAAAUAUUA